AUGGCUUCUUCCCUUCUUCUUCUUCUUCUUCCUCUCAUCCUCUGCAGAUUCAUGGCGCUGGCGGCGCCAACUGUGGGGUCGGAGGUCUCCGACGCGGUGGUAUUGCUGGGGAAGAUAAAGCCGGCGCUCGCCGGCGCCGGAGGAGACGACAACCUGCAGCUGUCUUCGUGGAACUCGUCGGUGCCGCUCUGCCUAUGGCGAGGCGUGGAAUGGGCCUUCUCCGACGGGACCCCUCUCGCCUGCGCCGGCAGACUGGAGAGGGCCAAUCUCUCUCUGGUCCGAGACCACUCCCUGCAGGUUACCGCCCUCCGGCUGCCCGCUGCCGGCCUCGCCGGAGCAGUUCCCCGCGAGAUCGGCGAGCUCUCCUCGCUGCGGUCGCUGGUCCUCGGAGUGAACUCUCUGGUGGGCUCCUUCCCCCUCGAGCUUGGCAACUCGCCGGAGCUCGCAGAGCUCGAUCUCAGUGGGAACCUCCUCGGCGGGUUUCUUCCGCCGUCGAUCUGGAACCUCUGCGGCCAUCUCACCGCCCUCCGCCUCCGGGGGAACAACUUCUCCGGCGGCCUCCCGCCGCCGGCUGUCCGCAACACCUCUUGUGAGGAGCUCCGGUUUCUUGACCUCGGGGGAAACCGCUUCCAGGGGGAGUUCCCGGAGUUCCUCACCGGCUUCCGCCGCCUGAGCGAGCUAGACCUCGGCGGCAACCUUUUCUCCGGCGACAUCCCAAGCUCGCUCGCAGACCUCGCCGACCUGGGCAAGCUCAACCUCUCGGGGAAUAACUUCACCGGGAUGCUGCCGGCCUUCGCCGGUCGGUUCGCCGCGGAGGCCUUCGCGGGCAACAGCCCGGAGCUCUGCGGGCCGCCCCUGGGGGAAUGCAGAGGGGGAGCUCACACGGGGGCGGCGAAAGGGAGGACCCACACCAGCUCCGGCGUAGUCGCCGGAAUCGUGAUCGGGCUGAUGGCCGGGUUGGUGGUAGCGGUCUCCCUGUGCAUCGGGUGGGCGCAGGGGAGGCGGAGGAGCAGGGGGAGGGCGGCGGCGGAGGAGGAAGAGGAGGUCGGAGUGGACGAAGCCGCCGGUGAGGGGAAGCUCGUGGUUUUCCAUGGCGGGGAGCACCUGACGCUGGAGGACGUGCUCAACGCCACCGGGCAGGUGAUUGAGAAGGCCGUCUACGGCACCGUGUACAAGGCGAAGCUUGCCGACGGCGGCACCAUCGCGCUGCGGCUUCUGCGAGAGGGCAGCUGCCUGAACAGGGCGGCGUGCCUGCCGGUGCUCCGCCUGCUGGGGCGCGCCCGCCACGAGAAUCUUGUCCCCCUGAGAGCCUUCUACGAAGGUAGCCGAGGGGAGAAGCUCCUCAUCUACGACUACUUCCCCAACAGAACCCUCGACGAUCUCCUACACGGUGAAUCUUCUUCUUCAUCCCCAUUGUCAGGGUUUUGAAAGCUCUGGGACGAUGACAGUGGUUGCGGGUGUGGGUUUUUCUUGCAGAGGCGAGGGUGGGAAGGCCGGUGCUCAACUGGGCACGCCGGCACAAGAUCGCGCUGGGGGUGGCGAGAGGGCUGGCGUACCUCCACGCCGGCGGCAGCGGCGGCGGCGCCGAGAGCCAUGGGGAUCUGCGGGCGAGGAGCGUCUUGGUGGAUGAGCUCUUCGUGGCGAGGUUGACGGAGAACGGCGUGCACAGGCUGCUGGUGGCGGAGGUGGCGGAGGAGAUGCUCGCCGGUGCAAAGGCGGCGGGGUACAAAGCGCCGGAGUUGCAGAGGAUGAAGAGGAGCUGUGCGAGGAGCGACGUUUAUUCGUUCGGGAUUCUGCUGCUGGAGAUGCUGAUGGGGAAGAGGCCGGGGAGGGAGGACCUGCCGGGGCUGGUGAAGAUGGCGGUGCUGGAGGAGACGACCAUGGAGAUCUUCGACGGGGAGCUGCUGAAGGGGGUCAGGCCCAUGGAGGACGGCCUGGUCAACGCCCUCAAACUCGCUAUGGGCUGCUGCGCCCCCGUCCCCUCCGUGCGCCCCGACAUGGCCGAGGUCGUCCGGCAGCUCGAAGAGAACCGGCCCAGGAACAGGUCAACGCUGUACAGCCCCGCCGACACCCGCAGCGAGGCCGGCACGCCCUUCUGA